AAAAUAGCGUUCAUUUCAAGCGUUGGCACGCACUUGUGUAUGUGUGUGCGUGAGAGAGAGAGAGAGAGAGAGAGCCCGAGCUCGCCGGAGAGCCCACCUGGAGCGGUGAAGAUUUUAUGUGCGCUCUUGUGGGGAUGACUGAUGAGCCAUGGCAGACCGACUUAUUGACAGCCGACUUCAGGAGCCACAUCCAUGGCAACCCCCUACUAAUGAAUUGUUCGUGACGGCAUCAGAUAAAGACUGCCGCUUUCUAGAUCCUUCUCAGACCUUCACGCGAGCCUUCCCGCGGCCUCACCUUCACCUUCCCGUAUAAAGUCUCUUUCCUCUGUUUUUGUCCCUGUUUAGAUUCACUGUCUUCUUCUUCCCACCCUCCGAUAUUUUUUCGUCCUCCUUUCCUCCUCCUCCACUCCAACAGGCGACAGAUACCCAGGAAAAAAAAAAGAGAAAGAAAAGGUCAUGGCUGCUACCACCAUCGAUUUGCCUCCCUCCACCGCACCUCCGUAUUGGUGCCACACCUGUUCAAGAACGGUGACCGUGAACCCGGCGACUGCUGAUGGGCCCGAGUUGCAGUGUCCUUACUGCAACACAGGCUUCCUGGAGCAGAUCAGUAGCGGCUCCAUCCCCCUCCUUCUCCCCUUGCUCUUCGGACUCGUCGCUUCUCCUGCAAACCCAAGUGCUUCAUCGGUUUCCCCUGAAACACCGUCCUCCGAUGCCGGUCCUGAGACGAGCCAGGAGCAGAGCCAGGGGAGAGAGGAGGACCAGGUGGAGGAGAGGAUCAUCCUGGUCGAUCCUGCAAACCAGGCCAUCAUCGUCCAAACGAGGAGCUCCGAUGAGCUGCUGAGCGAAUUCAUAGAGAACGAGAUCCUGAGGAAUGGUUGGAUCUUCGGCGGCGGCGAGCCCUCUUCUUCUCCGGCCUCCAAGGAAGCUGUGGAGGCGUUGGCAAGCGUGGUGGUGGAGGAUGAGGAAGCUCGGUGCGUUGUGUGCUUGGAGGGGUUUGGCGCAGAUGGGGAGGCGAGGGAGAUGCCCUGCAGGCAUAGGUACCACCAUGGCUGCAUAAUGAAGUGGUUGGAAAAACACAGCACCUGCCCUGUCUGUAGGUUUCAGAUGCCGGUGGAAGAGAAGAAGCCGGCUGCUGCUGGUGGUGUUGAGGGAGAGGAAGAAGGGAGGAGGAGGAGAAGGAGGAGGACGGUGGUUCUGUCGGUUCCCUUGGUUAUCGGCGAAUUGAUGUCCUUGAGGCGGAGGGAGGUGGCGGCGAGGUCUGAUGCUGAUUCAGAGACGUUGGGACAAGAGUCCGGUUCUACUUUAGGAGAUCAGCAUGAUCUAUAGCUCCGUAAGAUGGUGGGUCGCCUUCAUUUUCUUUUGGUCUGAUCUGCAAUUCUUUUGUGUGGCCUGUAAAUUUCUUCUUCUUUUUUAUUUUUUUCUGAAUCGAGGAAGAAAGAGUUUAGGAUGGUACUUCCUCCCUCUGUGUAUUGGAGCCACUAAACGAGCCGAAGUUGAACGAUUCGCCUUGUUCAAGCUUGUUCGCGAACGGCUCCUAAACCUUGUUCAGGUCUGCAUAUAUUUGAUGCACAUAUUUGUGGUA